UUAUCUGCGCUGCUUACUUUCCCCACCCCUCUCUGCUCUCGCUUUGAAGGGAGGAAAUCUGCUCUUUGCAGCAGCAGCGGCGGCGGCGGCGGCUUGGAGAUGAAGUGAUUCACUGAGGAGGGAGCAGCACACCUCUGCACCGUUUCCUCUCAUCACGCUUGUUUUCGCCUCCUGCUCGUCUUCAGCGCUUCUGCACGGGUCCAGUCAUGGCUCCCUGGACCGCUGUGAGCGCCGCAGCUCUGCUGUUGCUGACUGCUGAUGUCUGUCUUACACAAAACCCAGGGUUGACAGCGGUACCUCACAGCAACACGUCCACAGCAAACAGCAGCAGCGCCGCCAGCCGGCCCGGUUCUAGCCCGUCAACAUCUGCCCCCCCCACCCCCAAACCCCCGCCUCCAGUUCCAGCUCUGCUGACAGUCAACUGGACGUCUGUAUGUGGAGGAGACGUCCUGCUUCAUCAUCCCACUCUCAACUUUACUGUUUGUUUUGUGAGUGAUAAAAAGCUUUUGACAAAUGUUUGCAACUAUAUGCGAGGCUGUAAAGGUCCUCCACAGUGGAAGAAAGGAAGGGAGUCAAACUGUUCUACCAUCACCAUGACGGGAGCAGUGCAGAGGGAUCACUCCACCACACUGAGGGUCCAGUGCAAAGUUGAAGCCAUUCCAGAUGUUAAAGGGCAGCUGCACACCUAUAAGGUGAUGACAGCCUUGCUCUGCUGUGUGUUGGUGAUCAUCUUACUGAUCCGCUUCAGCAAACCCACAGUCAAAGCCCUGCAGAAGAGACUAUCAAACCGGGGACAGAAUCGUUGGGUUGGUCCGACUCAGAGUCACAGCGUGUCUUACCAGCGAGGCAAAAUUGUUACAACUAACGAUGGCGAGAAGAGACUAUCCUACCCAGCUCUGGAGCGACUGAUGGUCAGUGACAGCAGAGAGCCGUCGUCCAACAGGAACAGUGGCUACAACAUCUGACAGUUCUCUUCUUUCAUCAUCAUCAUCAUCAUCAUCAUCAUCAUCAUCAUCAUCAUCAUCAUCAUCAUCAUCAUCAUCAUCAUCAUCAUGCGUUCUUGUAGGGACGGUGUCUGUGGUUACCAGAACCUAAUUUAACACGCAUCCAUCAGGAAGGGCUUCCUGUCCUCCUUGUGAAGGAGUGAAAACGACACCAAAACCUCAUGUUAAGAUGCAGUUUUAUUUGUUUCUAUGCGUACCAUGGUCAGUACCCACCACGCUUCACUAGAGGCUUCACCCAGGCGGCAGAGCAGACGUGGGUGCAGCAUUGUGUAGCUGAGGGAGCUCAAAGUCACAGUGUGUGGAGUCGUGAUGAUGACGUGUCGUUGGGGUUUGGGUUGUGUCGGGUUUUGAGCAGUGAAGCUGUGAUGGAGCCACAUGAUGUUUGCGGACUGGUGUCCUGCUUUUGGAACAGCUCCCAGGGGCUCCAUCAUGGUUUCAGCUUUGGAGCCGUUGGUUUUUCAUUUUGAACUUUCUUUUUCAGAUAUCAAUUCAUUGCCAUGUAACAUAAUGACGCUUCUUUUACUGUUUACUUUUUUUAAUAUUGUUUUGAAAGCUUUAUAUUCAUUAAAUGAUUUAGGUGAGUUUGGUCUGAUUUGAAGUAGAUAAGUGGAUCGUUGUGCAGGUUUUUGGAGAAGAGGAGGAGACGGAGGUGGUUACUGCAGAGAUGUGGUUUCCUCUGCCGUUGACACCAACUUCCUGUUUGUGUUAUUUCUGUCUAACCUGUAUAUGUUUCUCCCUAUCCCAGUUUGUUGCUUUCAGCCCCUCCUCCUUCCGUCUGUGUCUGCGUUCAUCCUCAGCUGUGUUUCAGCUGCUACUGGGUCAAAUGAAUGGUAGAGUUUGAUUUCAUGACGCUUUUACCCAAUGUGUGUUAUCGCAUAUCCAUCAAACCAUACGGAGGAAAGGAAUUUUAUAUCCUUCUCUCUGAGACAGACAUUAUAGGAUUUAAAGUCUAGUUUAACAGAAAUCUAGAUAGAACCAGCCAAAGCAUGAAUCUGUCCAAGAAGCACAAAUGUUGUCCUGAAUUGGCCGCUCACUGAAGCCGUGUGUGACUGUGUGGGAAACUCGAACCAGACACAUGAUUCCAACAAGUGUCAACCUCCUGUCGCCUCAGUGGCUCAGUAUGAAGAUGAGUCAUGUUGAAGCAGCUUUGGUAGGAGAUCCAGCCCCAUUAGCUGUUUGUAUGACGUAACGUGGUACAGUAGCAGCACCCCACUGUGUUACCUCGGCUCAACCCUGCCAGCCUGCAUCCCUCCAUCUCUCUGAGUUCACAGAUGGUGCAGCAGAUAACGUUACAGCGUGUUUCCUACUGCGUGUGCGCCUCCAUCUGUGUGUGAGUGGGUGUAUUUUGUCUCGUCCUUUGUGCUUAGGUCACAGUAUGAGAUGAUAAUCUGGCCUCAUUGCAAAUGUCCAUGCACAGAAACAAUGGCAGAUGAUUGCAGAUUACAGCUGUGGAUUAUCCAGCAGGAGAUUGACACAUGGACAGAGAUGGAGCGAGGAGAGGACGAACAUGGACGUGGGUGUAGCAUGUAGGGAGACAUGAUUAUUAUAAGGGAGAUUAAAGAUGAAAAGAUUCAUUCUAGGCUAGUGCUGCUUUAAAUACUAAUGAGGAAUGAGUUCUGUGACACUGCUCCUCAUUUACACACUCGCAUUCACUUCAACCAUAGAUAUAUGCUCAGAAAGUAUCAUUCAUGUUAAACUGACAAUAAAACAGUUUACCCCAAAGUCGACAAAAAGAAAAGCAGAUGAUAAAAAACUAUGGGUUUUAACCCAUAGUUUUUUUACAGUCACACUCUUUUUACAGUCACACUCUGCUCAGAUGCUUAGACCAUAUUUUCCUUGCUCCAUUAUUAAAGUUUAAUCUAAGAUAGUAAACUAAUCUUGGAGCCAAGGACCAAAUAACAGCGUAUCAUCAUCAUCAUCAUCAUCAUCAUCAUCAUCAUCAUCAUCAUCAUCAUCAUCAUCAUCAUCAUCAUCAUCAUCAUCAACAUCGCUCUUAAAAAAACAAAUAAAAGAAAAGAAAACAACAAAAUAACGCAAGACAAGAGUUAAAAAACAAUAAAAUCAAUCAAAUUAAACAAAUCACCAACUCAUACUGGGUUAAAAGAACCAGCUCAGUUUAGUUUUAGACACAAAGACGAACCAAACGAGCUCAGUGUAUAGUUUGAUGAUCUCUUUCUUUGACUGGUUGUGUUCUAAUGUAACAGAAGAUGCUGGAGCACAGCAGGUUGUAGGUGGACGGGUCGGUCAUCCUCAGAUAAGCUCCUCUCUGUGCCCCAGCUAUUGUUCCCUAAGCCCCUUCUGCUGCUCAGUUACCACUCAGUGGUUUAGGCUGAGGCCAGUGUGUGCAGCCUCCUCCUUCAUUCUCACCCUGUCUGCAUCACUGUAUCACAGCAGACAUGACCAGGACGUGAUAGUGGGAACUUCAUCUCACCUGGAACCGUGAGGCUGUGACACUCAGUGAUACUAAUAUGGGUUGAAGUGGGUCAGACACCGUUUAAAUCUCAUGUUCAGAUCAAAGUGAAAGUGAGAGGAGCAAUCGGUCCGCGUGAACAGGAGGAAACAGGAAGUGUCCUCCAUCUCUGAGGAGUUACAGCCUCUGGCAGAAAGAGGAGGCUUGGUCUUCAGAGUCACACACACUCGAACCAUUGCUGACUGGAACUUCUUCUCUAAGACUAAACAAAUCUUAAAAUGCUGUGACCUAAUCUUUGAUACAGUAGAUUUAAAAAGAUGGAUAUGAGAGAAGAUAAGAGGGAUGAAUAAACAGAAAGAGUGAGCAAGAAAUAAGAAAAAUGAGAUUGGGAAGACGGGGAGGGAGGAGGGAGGUGGAGGGAGGAUUAUUGAGUGUUUAGAUCAGUAAAUCCUGUGUGUGUUAAUGUAGCAGAGCGACAGAGCAACGAGGGGCAAAACGUCGCCGCUCAAAACAGAAACGGUUGUUUACACCAGAGGCGAGGAUCCAGAAGGCAGCGAAAGGAGCGAGAUCUGCUGGAGUGAGUGAAGCAGGCGGGUGGAAGCUGAAAAGCUGAAAAGCCACCAUUCCCACGCGGACGCAGUCUUCACCUGGGGCUCCACGUUCUUUGGCUUCAUGUCAGGUGACGCUGCGGUGGUUCUGAUGAUGACCAGCUGUGGGACCUAACAUGCUGCUGCUCAUUAGUCUUUUCAUAGCAGUCAGCCCUGCAGCCUGGACAUUCCUCCCCGUGUCCCAGACGGAGCUCGGCCCUCUUUUCUCCAACUCCAGCCCCUUCUCCUUCUCCCAGAGCCUCCUCGUGCUGCCUCCUCCUGGCUCAGGUCCCAGACCAAGCGUCCAGGCUUCAUUCGGCCCCUACUCAGCAACUCAGCUUGUGCCAGAGCCUGUCGUUCCUCUCGGCCCGUCUCCGUCGGCCUCCCUCCUCUCAGAGCACAUAGAGAGAGAGAGGGAUGAGGGAGGGCGGGUGAGGUUCAGGGUGAGGGUGCUGUUCCAUCAGCAGGGGGGUGCCCGCUCCCAGGAGAUGUGCGUCACCCUGCAUGCUUUCAAGGACACAGAGGAGCACAAGGCCUUCUGCACGGCCCACCCACCUCUGGGGCUGUGUGUGGCGACGCUGACCCUGCCCGAUGACUGGUUUGAGGACAAGCACUCGAACCGUUCUCAUCACAACUGGGACAAGAGGCACAGCAACAUCCAGCUUCGCGAGCGGCACCGGGGCAGACGUCAUCGCCCCGUGACCAGGACCCCUCCUCUACUCAGAUCCUAUGCAGGCGUGGAUGUGGACACGCAGGCCGUCACAUCCCCCAGGGGUCCCCUGAGAAACCUGAUCCAGCUCUACUAUUCCUUCUCUGACGCCGACGCAGAGCUGCAGCCAACGGGAGCGGCUCAGUCCCAGAGGCAGCUCGUCCACAUCAGAGCAAUGACACUGCAUCAGAAGGAGGUGGAGGCGGAGGUGGAGCGGGAACAAAGCUGGACCGAGGAAGAGGAAAUGUGUUUGAACGGGCAGGAGGAGGAGGAGCUGAGCUUAGACUCACAUGUCAUGAUUCGGUAUCACAGAGGUCCAGUCAUAAUAGGAACUCCAAUAAAGGUGUCUGUGAAUCUGAGAGCCAAUGUCAGCGCUGAGUCUGUAGUCAUAAGGCUGAAGGUGAAAAAAGGCUUGGUGUCAAUGGUGGCCCAAAGAAGCCUGACCUCUGACCCCUGGGCAGUGGCUCUGGAGAGAAGCCAAGGCGCCAGGCAUGAUGUGUUGUCCAUCCUGUGCCACAAACACAGUGUGCUCCAACAGACACAUAACCCUGCUCUCUCCCAGCAGGUAGUGUGUCUGUCCGUCGACGGCCUGAGACGGAGCUUCGGCGUCGCCAUGACGGUGACUGCCAGCUGGUGGGUGGAGUACUCUGGGCAUGGCAGCCCCUCAUCCCCACAGGAAGCAGCCGUGAGCAGCUUCUCAUUCACUGAUCGAUACAUUAGUGGCAUCACUCCCAUCACAGAGAGUAAGACCAUCAUCAACACAGCAUUACUGAACAGCCAGCCGGUGUCACUUCCUGUCAUGGUGCUGGCCAUCGGUCAUGAUGGGAAGGUGUCAGACGUCACUUCUGCUGUCACGUGUUACUCCACCAACGAGGACACUGUCAAGGUGUCCGGUAACUGCUCCAGCCUCUUUGUGGACGGCAGUGAAUCGGGGCUGGGCAGCACCUGUGCGAUGGUGGACUUCCUCCUGGGAACACUCAGCGGCUCCCUGUGCCUCCAGGUGUGGGUUCCCUCCGUGCCCCUGCGCGUGUCCCUGGUAGACCCCGUUCUCAACGCCAUCGAGGGCUGGAACCAGUUCACAGAGUCGGGGUGUGUGCCGGUGUAUCAACGCUCUUCUGUCCAGGUUCUGACCCAGUUUGUAGCUCAGGACUCCCAGAGCAGAACCACACACCUGCUUAGCUCAUCUGAUUGGUUUGUGGACGUGACAGAGCUGGUGCGUGACUGGCUUAGAGUGGAGGACCCUUGGGUGGCUUCCCUCAGUCCCCAGAACAACCUGAUUGGUUUACGACCAGGAAGAACAUCGCUUCAUGUCAUCUCUGAGCAGUGGGACGGCAUUUUGGGCAGAUGUGACAUCACUGUGACCUCUGACCCUGUUACCCCAGGAGACCUGUUUGUACAGGUGGUUAGUGGCCUUGGCAUGUCAGUCACAGGCAGCCCCGCCCACCCAUCAAUCAUCACCACCACAGUGACAGCAUACAACACUCUGUACAACCAGCACCAGGAGGCGUCCAUCAGCAUUUGGCUCCAGUUCAGCGAUGACACAUCAUCCCUCCUCUCCUUCUUCAGCGACCUCUCCUUUUUCCUGCGUCUCUCCUCCUUGGCUGAGACCGUCGUGGAGGUGGUGCCCGGUUCCAGCCAACGGAUCUUUGCCCAGGGUGAUGGAGGUGGGCCUUUACUGCGAGCUGAACUCCUGGUUUCAACUUGCACCGACAAGCUGAUCACCAUCGACUCUAAAAGUGAAGGCGAUUGGGACUGGAUGGACACCAGAGGAGGAGGGGGCACCAGGUGGCUGGCCAAGGGGUCCGGUUGGAUCAGAGUCAACCUAGACCUGGACCCCGAGGACGGAGAGGUGUUUGACUUUGACGUCUCAGACACUCUAGUGGAGUCCCACAGCGACAUCUACACAUCACACUUUGAUAAGGGCAACAGUGACAAUGGAAGCAAUGACUAUUACGAUCAGACCAGAGCAAGGAGCCUUCACAGAAUGAACGGGGUCGGGAAUGGAGAGAUGCUCAGACGGAACAACCUGGAAAGAGCGGUCCUGAUGCCGAGCCAGGAGGAGGGUGCUGUGUACUUCUCCCCCAGCCAGGAGAAGGAGGCCGAGCGGCAGGAGGAGCGGGAGCAGGAGGCGCGGGAGCUGGAGCUGGGCAUGGGCGCUGUCCUGGCGCUGCUCUGCCUCUGCGCCGUCCUGUUCCUGGCAAACUGUCUGCCCUGCGCCCUGAAGGACCGGCUGAGGCUCAUGACCGAGGAGGACGGGGAGGCAGAACUGGAUGGAGAGGAAGGAGGGAGGAGAAGCGGAGAAGGUGAAGACAGAUCACAGCAGCAGCAGUGUGACCGUAAAGAGAUUAUCUGCUGAUACAGACUGGGCUGAACUCACCUGUUGCUGGUCAUCAUCAUGUUGGUAGUUUAACCUUCGCUCUGAUCCAUAUGAGUCCACUCAGUUGUUUCCAGCAGGAGGACGCGUUAACAUUUGUAUACACUUUAUAAGCUGUCCUGUUUGUUUUUGUAGAAUGUGACCAUCAUACACCUUACUCAUUAGCUGUGUUGUAAAAUGUUAGCUGUGUCCAGUGCAGAGAUCCCAUCAAAACAUUUGGCAGAAUAAAGUGAUGAAUAUA